ACUUCCGCAGCGAACGUUUGGAAACAGAAACUGAAGAAGCUGCUUCAACUUUGAUGCGAUGUCCUGAAGAAACCGAGGACUGUCACAUCACAACAGAAACUAGAGAGGGAGCAGCCAUGGCCUGCGCUCGAGUGCCUCUGGAUGAGCAGCAGGUGACUGAGCCGGGCCCGCUGGGAAAGGAGCGCACCCUUCCUGCACUGCACCCGGACAGGAAAGAGGAGCGCUGCUUCGUGCCUUACAAACCUCCUCCUGAAGACGGCUCGCCCGCCGAGCUGGAGCAGUUUCUGGAACAUGCCAAGUUCAUCACAGAGGAUCUGGAGUGGCUCCUCGCGCUGCCUCACGACAAGUUCUGGUGUCAGGUGGUGUUUGACGAGUCCCUGCAGCGGUGCCUCGACUCGUACCUCCAUCACGCUCCUCGCGGCUUGGAUAUCGCCACCCCCCCCAUCUCCUCGGCGGUGGCCGACAUGCAGCGCUCCGUCCACAGGGCCGUGUUCCUGACCUUCCUCAGGAUGGCCACUCAUAAAGAAUCCAAGGAGAACUUCUUCACCCCAGCUGUGUUCGGAGAAAUCAUCUACGAUAACUUCCUGUUUGACAUUCCCAAAAUGUUGGAUCUGUGCAUGCUCUUUGGGAAGGGCAACGGCCAGCUGCUGCAUAAAAUGAUCGAGAACAUUUUUACCCAGCAGCCAUCCUACUACGGCGACCUGGAUGAGACGGUACCCACUGUGCUGCAGGUGUUCGACACGAUCCUGGACAAGUGCGGCGUUCAGUGUGAAGGAGCCGCCGCCAUGGAGCCCAUGAAGCUGAAUGCACACAAACAGCCCACUGCCAUGACCAUGAGCCAGCAGGAGCUCGUAGACAUUAUUUUGUACCUGUGCGACUCGACCACCACCAUCCAUGCCUUCCUGGAGAUCUUCCCUGCAGCCUGCUCCAGCUUCCACUCCCACGGCUUCCUCAGCAGACUAACCUCGUUUUAUGACACCUCCGUGCCUGACCUGGAGAAGGCGGUUAGGAAGAGGAACUUGGAGGAUAAAACCUUGCGGGAGGACUUGUGGAAGAGGCUCAGUCACUCCUGCCGUAAGAUGGUGGAGAUGGCUCACCUGCUGCUGCACCACACCUGCCUGCAGCCGAUCCUGGAGGGGAGAGAAAACAUGCUGACGUUUGCUGAGGAGCUUCUACAAUAUUUCACAUCUUUUUUGGCCGAGAAAAGAUUCCUGGUCGACUACGACGAGCAGUUUCCCAUCGCAGACGACGUCAGCCUCUUGCAACAAGCCCUGCCAGCCAUCGACGAGACCAGGACGUCGUACCUGCUGCAGGGCGUGGAAGGCGCCUGGGACAGCGUGGGCCGGCAGAAGCCGCAGGGCCGCGCCCACAAUCAGCAGGCCUCCUCGGCCCAUCUGGGAGCGGCAGGCGGCGCGGCUGCUGGCGGUUUUGAACCUCAGGAGGUCUCAGAGUCGGCGGGAGGGAGCGUGAGGGGGGCAGAGGCCUUGCUGGAGGUUCCCCGAAGAGGAAACAACGGUGAAGUGUGUCCGCUGAGCGCCGCCGAGCUGGACUCCCUCCUGUCCUGUAUCAAGGACCUGCUUCCGGAUCUGGGCGAAGGCUUCCUGCUGGCAUGCCUGGAGGAGUACGACUACAACACCGAGCUGGUCAUCAACAACAUCCUGGAGGACCGCCUCGCCCCCCACCUGGACACACUGGACCGAGCGUUGCCCAGGCCGGUGAAGGAGGACCUUCCAACCGUUCUGAACAACAGGUCCAACGUGUUCGAUGAUGACGAGUUCGACGUCUUCCGCCGGGACCAGGUGGACAUGUCCCGCGUCUGGAAGGGCAGGAGGGAAGGGGAGGGCGUUCGAGAGAUGCUGAACGACAAGCAGCACAUAGCGGAGCAGAAGGCUCGUUACCUGGCUUAUGAGACGGUGGUGGACGAGGUUGAAGUGGUACCCGGAGAAUCCGCCGACGGCUUCAGCCUGGACGACUACGACGACGAGUACGACGACACCUACGACGUGAACCAAGUGGGAGCCAACGACUUGGACGGAGACAGUUUACUCAACAGACGGCCUUUCACGGUCCCACAGAUACUCAGAAAAGGAGUCAAAGAGGAGUAUGAGGUGCAGGAUGAUGAGGAGGAAGAGGAGGAUGCUCUACAGAACAACACAAACAGGGACCAGUUCGUCCAGGACCCGGCCCUGCUGAGGGAGAGAGCUGAAGCCAGAAGAGCUACCAUGCAGCAGAGGAAAGGCUUCCGGCCCCAGCGUCCCAGUAAUGUGGUGGGCCAACCCAAGGGCCAAGGACAAUCGCUGGAGACAUUCCUGGACCGUCGCAAAAAGGAGGCCAACAAGAACCGCACGGCCAACCACAACCGGCGCAGCAUGGCCGACCGCAAGAGGAACAAAGGCAUGAUCCCCUCCUGACCUGCGUGGCGACCUGCUGCUCGAUCCAAGCGUCCCGAUGGCCGAGGGAGGUGGAUGAGGUGGGGCUGAGGCGUCGGAGUAAUCGGGGUGGUGUUCUGGUGAUGAUGAUUGAUGGUGGAGACUUUAACAUCGUUCAUGUUCGUUCGGCCCAGAAGUGGCUGCGGAAGCAACCACGAGUUCUCAGUCGGAGCCGACGGUCGACUCCGAUCGGCUCUGUCGGAGAUUUGAGACAGAACAUCUAGUUAUAGUAGCUUUGAGCCCGACUUGACUUUGUUUCAUCGCUCAUUAAAAACCAAAGUUCCGAGUGCGAGUCUGCCAACAAAGAGUGACACCUUUAUUUUUGCCGGGUAACAAAUCUGUUUUUUAUUGAGCUGUUAUUAAGCUUUCGUGACAUCAUCAGCAGCAAAUAUAACAAGUAGGGAAAAAAAGGAAGCGACAUCCAGGUUUAGAAGAGGCUGCACUUCCUCUUCGGCUGGAAGAACAAAAACCCACCAGACGGAGUCUGGACGUCGGCGUCGCCGGCGACACAUCCUGAAUGAGCGCGGGAGAAAACGACGAGGUGUGCGUGCCGCCGUCGCUGAUUGGAAGCACCUGCGGUAACGAGGGACGUCGCGUCUCUAAGACACAUGUGGACAAACCUCUGUUUUCUACGAAGAUUACAUCUGUCGGAGCAUUUUGUAACAAAACAAUUGUUUUUGGGAGGUUACAAGGCAAGAACCUAAAAUAAAUACAUUGUUUUUGA